AUGGCCUCGAACGCGGCCAUGACCUCUGCCAGCGCCUCCUUGUACCUCAUCCCCUCGAGCCCGUGGAAGCGGGAGAUCUCCGGCGAGAAGGUCGCCGGCGGGGACGGCGGCGGCGAGGCGUGGGGGAUGAGGGUGGAGUUCGGGGAGGCGGCGGCUGCUGCCGCCGCAGCCACGGCGGCGGCGGCCACGGAGUGGCACAAGGGGCAGCAGUGGUUGUUGUCGGAGGAUGUUCUGGUGGGCGAGUCGUCGGAUUCGAGAUCUGCCGGAACUAUGCGGAGUUGGCGGGAAGAGUGGGCGAAGAAGCAGACUUUACGCUUGCAGUUCUUGCCGUCCUUGCAGGCUUCUGUCCGGGUGGAGCCAGCACUCGAAGACGCCGUGGGAGAACUCGCAGGAGUCGGCGCGUGGGCAGGUGCCCUUGCGGAAGUCGGGGCAGACGGUGCCGGAGUAGCGGAAGCGGCGGGGGUCGCGGCGGCGGGCCUUCUCGCCGGGGUGGGCGAAGGGGCAGUCGGUCCAGUCGUGGCUGCGGCUGCGGCUGCACUUGCGGACCUUGAACUCGAACAUACGGAAGUGGUCAGACGAGUAGGGGUCAUCGUCCGAGUCGUCGGAGUCGGAGCCGGAGCCGGCGGCGGGGAGGAACUUGGAGAAGGCGGCGGCGGCGGCGGCGGCGCCGUCGGGGUCGUGGUGGUCGUGGUGGCGGAGCUUGCGGGGAGGGAUGUCGAGGUCGCGGAGGGGAGAGGGCUUUUUGGUGAGGUUGUGGUGGUGGUGGUAGAGCUGGUGCAACUUCUGUUGCUUAUCGGCGCAAACGCUACUCAUCAUUUUUUAUUUUUAUUUUUUGGGAGCAUAUAUUGGUGUGAGGAGAAAGAGGAAGACGGAGUUAGGGUUCUGGUAACUUUUGGGGCUAAUCAGUUUGUUAGGAUGGCAUUAAAAUGUUAUGACUAG